UGCUUUUGAAAGAAAGACCCCCAUUUUCUCCGUCUCCCCUGCAUAUCUCUCUCUCUCUCUCUCUCUCUCUCUGUCUCGACAGCCUAAAACAUUGCCAAAAUGGGGUCGACUCCCGGUUGUCCUGAUGAAGAACACAGCAACAGCAACAGCAACAAGGACAAGAGAUCACCUCGCUCCUCCUCACUGAAAUCAAGCUCCUCCUCCUCCUCCUCCUCCUCCUCCUCCACACGCUCAUCUUCUUCUUCGCUACUGCUCUCACCAUCAUCUCCACCUUCCACCGAUCCUCCAUCGUCUUCCUUAAGAUCCAUGGACGACCUCUGGCAGGACAUCAACUUGUCCUCCCUCCAAACCCCGCCCGCCGCCACCGCUUCCUCCGCCGUCCAUGGCGACGUGAUCCUCCAGGACUUCUUGGGUGGUGGUGGUGGCGGUGGCGGUGGCGGUGGUGGUGGUGGUGGGGGUGGACCCUUCAGCGAGGACCCAACACCGAGUUCAAGAAAAAGGGCGUGUGACCCGGGCCCUUCACCGCCCAGCUCGGGAUUGACCUCCGGGCCGGGUCUUCGGAGCCGGGAAAAAGGGGCUCGGGUCAGGCGGGCUUCUCAGGCCAGCGGUCGUCAUGCCGCCGGGGAAGUAUCUCGAGCGUGUGACGUCUGUACCAUGAAGCCGCCGCCCAACGUGCAUGGCACGCCCCCUGUGGCGGCAGCAUUCCCUCCGCCGUUAAAGAGGAAGAGCUCGACGGUGAACAGCGGCGACUCAAGCGACCCGCGAUUCCUGCGGUUGAUGAAGAACCGCGAGUCGGCGGAACGCUCCAGAGCCAGAAAACAGGCUUACGUGAUGGAGUUGGAGAAUGAAGUUGGGCGUUUGUAUGAAGAGAAUGACAGACUCAGAAGAGAACAAAAACAGUUCUUCGUAGCAGCAGCGGCUGCUCAGCUUCCAAAAAAGCGCUCUCUCCGAAGAACGUUCACAUCCCCAUUUUAAGAAGCGCAAGCAAGGAGGAAGAAGCCCUAACCAUGCGGCCGACAAAAAAAAGAGAACAAGGGAAAUCCAACACGAGGGCCUGCUGGUUCUGAUAAAUCCUGAGGCACGGGGAGAGAGAGAGAGAGAGAGAGAUGCUUUCUUGUUUUCUGUUGUUUUGAAUAUGAAAAAAAGAAGAGAGUGCAUAUACCUCGUACGGGGCGUUGCCUUUUCUCCAUAAAGAAAGGAGAUAAGGCGAUGGUGGUGGGACGAAGAUAAAGAUGGAUGCUUGGAGGAGAGGAGGGACCAUCUUUGCUUGGCUAUAUAAACGAGUGCUGUACAGGGAUGAUAAACAACCGUAUCACUUCUCAUUUUCCUUAUUUUCCUGCCUUUGCCUUUAUUUACAAGGGCACCAAAAAAAAGAUAGUACUAUUAGCAGCAUCACUGUGCUUUCUCCCUCACCAGAAAAAUGAAAAUAAAAAGAAUAAAUGGAAGAUAAACUCUCUUUCAUAGUGUUCCUUAAAAUCAUAUGCUCUUUCUUGUUCAU